AACAGAGAAGAGGUCAUAUUACUUUGUUUUUAUUUGUUGCAACGCUUUGUUUGUUCACGUUUCAAGGAAGUUUUUCGGUAAGUUUAGGACAAAGAAAGGAAGGUUUACCUGCGUACCAAGUUCAUUACAACGACGCCCAGCAGCAGGGCCCAGGUUUGCACAGAUCCAACCCACCGGACCUCACUGAGCUUCGGCCUGAUUUUGUGGUUUCUCUCGGAGAACCGGACCCACAUGUCAGCGCACCGACGCGUCAUGACCGCCACUCUUGGACUAUCGGAAACAUCAUAGCGGUUGAAAGGACCUCGAAGUCUGCCUCGAAAGACGAAUAUCAAGCAGAUUUUACAGGUUUUCAUGUGCAGGGAAAGGUGUCUGGCCCCACCUCCAGUCCACAUUUCUCUAAGUGGGUGGCUAUGAGGCCCUUUCUGAAGUGUGAUGAUGGUGUCAUGACCUUCACCGCCUCUGGAGAAGAAUUCACUCACCUGUUGGUGGACAGAGGAACAGCUUCUCCAAUCUCCCUGUCCCAGUUACCGCCAUACUGUGGUUACUUGGUGAAGACGUCCUGGAGUGACCUCGAGAUGAUGGUGCCUUAUGAUGCAUGUUACAUAACACAGGAGAAUGGCAGUUAUGUGCUGCCCAUGUUGUGGUGGGGCAGCCCACUGAAGCUCUCCUGUCCCGUGCAAGCGUCCUCCCACUCUGCCCCCUGGGUGUUCUGCUCCCCGUACGGCAUGGCAUUGCAGAUACAGGGGAUGGAGCAGGAUAUACAGAUACUGGGAGUUGCGGUAAAUGGAGGUUGGGGUCCGCUUGUAUCUCAAGAGUGCGCCUACCGUGUCUCCUCCAGUCCUGGGCAUUUCGCCUUCUUCAUCUCCCACAGUGCUGCUUGUAUCACACAUGUAGGUUAUCCUCAGCUCCAGCUUGUAUUAGAUGAUCAGAUAUACAUCCUCUCCUGCCCAGUUAACCCUGAGUUUCCCAACAACCCAGAUCCCAUUAGCCCUGCAACCACCACCCCUCCUCCUACUACUCCUCAUCUUCCUCAGCCUACAACCCAGGAGCAUAUUGCUCAGCUUCCUCACUUCCCCCAUUACCCCUAUCCUGGAUUCCAGUACCCCCAGCUUCCCCAGGUCUUCCCUCCUGGACCACAACCUGCUCAUACCCCUUAUCCCACUCCUGGCAGUCCUCCCUGGACUACAACUUCUCCUCCAGUUACCCACCAACCCAAGCAUCCAGCAAGUCCUUAUUACCCACAGUAUUAUAUUCAGAUGCCCUAUUAUCCUGAACCCACUCCGGCACCAGUGAGCCAGGCACCAGGUCCUCUCACACCCAGCCAGCCAUCGCAAAAACCACCUGCGGGAAAACAAUACCCUGUCCAUCCAUUCUAUCCUCCCGCUUAUUAUAAUUCGCACCAUGAUGGACAGUUUUCCGACCCUGCUGUUGGCGUGCAGUUUACUCCUACUUCACAUCAUACUGCCAUCACUAGACCCUCCCCUCUCCCAACUACAAUCAUUAGGACAAUGGUUCCCAAAAAGCCCAACAUUCCCAGCUAUCCCUUCGAUCAGUCUUACCCCCAAAAAAACCUUUAUUUCCCACAUUUUACAGCUCAGCCGCCUGCCAAAGAGUCGGCUCAGACUGAUCAGGAAACUGUGAAACCAGCUACUCAACCCAACACUCAAACGAUGUGUGUCCACCCCCCGUAUCCCCCGUAUCCCUAUUACCAUCCUCUCUACCCUCCACACCACCGCCUGACUGACCCCCAUUAUCCAGUGACACAUCCUCCAACCACCACUACUAUUACUUCUCCUACCACCACAAGUUCUCCAGUUUACCCUAAAGCUGCACCCCAUCUCCAGUGUCUGAUGGGGACGUUGGUUGUCUUCCUGCCUUUUGCUCACCCAGAAUCCAUCCAGGUCAGAGACGAAAUGAUGACGUGGCUGUUCGUCUCCAGUGUGUCCCCAGUGUGUAGGUACAUGCUGCAGAUAGCAGAGGGCUCUGGGGUAAUCCUUCACUCUCCUCUGCCUGCCUGCCACAGCCAGCAACAGACUCCCACAACUAUUUCCUUACCUCUGAUGUUUUGGGACCUUUCCAUGGGGCAGUAUAGGACUCUGGACCUGCAAUGUCCGUAUCAAACUGCCCCUCCUGCUGUAGUUACCCCAUUAGUGUUUCCUACCCCACCCAGCACCGCCAAGGUCAGCCCGCUCCCUGUUGUCCCAAAGCCUAAAGUCUUCUGCUCCUCCCAUGAGAUGGCUGUGGAGCUCGCCUCCGGUCCCAUCUCAGGAAUUUAUGUUAAAGACAUCAAAGGGAACCAGAUGAUCCUUCAGGAUGCCCCAAAGGACUGUGGGUAUUCUGCAAGAAAAGGCAAAGAUGGCAAAAUCCUUUUGCGUCUGGAAUUGCGCUCACGCUGCCACAUGAGUGUGCAGGGUAAACUGUACAUCAUCACUGUCGUCUACAUGACGCUAAAUGGGCGACGGGAGGCUCGGCUUUCCUGUCCAGUUGUCAUCCCAGGGUCUGGACAAGAGUGCAACCUUCCCAUCGAACAGCGUCUCCCCUGCGGACCCCGCUCUGUAUCCCAGCGACAGUGCCUCUCCAUGGGCUGCUGCUUCAGCAAGUUCCCCCCUGCCUGCUACUACCCCAUGGAUGAAUGCACUAUUGACCGCCACUUUGUCUUCUCCGUGCCGGCCUCUCUCACGGACCCCCCUCUUACCCCCGCCAUGCUUGUCGCUGCUGGGAACUACACCUGCAAACCUGAGAGAGUAACUUCCGACUAUGCCUUGUUCAAGAUCCCAAUGGACGGCUGUGGGACACACAGAUUAAUGGCGGGAAAAACUGUGAUCUACAUGGUAGAGAUCGUAAACAAGGUUCAGACACUCAGCCUCAACUACGGCACCAUCACAAGGGAUUCUCCUGUCAGGUUGUUGGUGGAGUGCAGGAUUAUGCCUGGCACCGUUCUGAGUGUGAGCUACUUGGUUAAAACUCCCAGUCUGGGACCUGAUGUUCAGACACAGGGAAUAUUUGGAGUCCAGCUCAGGAUUGCCAAAGACGCCCAGUACAGCAGCUUCCACCCUCAGUAUCACCAGCCCCUGCAGAUGCUGCUGGGGAGACCCCUCUACCUUGAAGUGCGGCUCCUCAACGCCCCGGAUCCCAGUUUGGUGCUGCUGGUGAACUUCUGUGUGGCCUACCCCCGCUCUGGGAAGGCUAUUUGGAUGCUGCUUUACAACGGGUGUCCCAACCCCUUGGAUCCAGCCCUGCAGCAAGCUGUUCUCUCUGAUCCUAAGCCACCCUCUCCUCAGGCUCAGACCCGCCGCUUCACCAUCAGCACCUUCCAGUUCCUCCCUGACGGCGACAUCAAGGACCCGGACGAAGAGAUCUACUUCAUGUGUUCGACUGAAAUCUGCUCGCCACGGGAUGGGCCUUGUGUCGAGGGAUGCUUCGGCCAGUGACGUUCUGGACAUCACUUGUUCAACCACCAAUAAAAGCUCUCAAAGGACUGACUGAGUGUGUGUUUGUGCCUGACCUUGCAGCCACUAGGUUUUACAGCAGGAAGUGGCACCCGCACAAAUACAGGGAGGCAGUAUUUUUUACAUAAACAUGGUUGAGACUUGGAAUGCUGUGCUGUUCUGCCCUUUAAUGUACAGGUUAUCUUCAGCAAAAUGUUGGAGCAAGUUAACUAAAGGCUUUGCUAUUAACCAGUGUUCUGUAAACAAG